AUGGCCAUCACCGCAGUCAUCACCGCCACCGACACCACCGAGACAGCUCGCGAUCGCGCUCCCCACACCGAUCUCACAGACACCACCGAGAUCGCCAUCGGCACCGUCAUGACCGAGACCGUGAGCGCGAGCGAGACCGCCCUGGCAGACGGGACAAAGAACCCGCGAAACCCAUGCAGCCCGAACCGCGGAGAACUCGCUGAGGGCUGGUAUGACCCUGCUACGCUGGACAAGGCCCGCAAGAGCGCCGCCGAACAGCCGAUGCCGGGUCCGAGCAGAGGUCGAGCCGCAUCUCCAGAUGGUACAAAGGGCGGUACGGAGGCCCCGGAACACCCAGCAGACGAGGAUAAUGAGGACGAAGAUUACGGACCGGCUCUCCCACAUUCUGGUUUCGAAGUAGGCCAAUUCGCUCAUCUAGUUGCAGAAUCUGCCGUGGAAGACGCCAUUGCCGCACGCGACGAGUCACGACAGCAGCACCGCGCCGAAAUACGCUCGCACAAGUCCGCUGUCCGCAACCUAGAAGAUGAGAUUGCACCUCGCGCCGAACCCGGAACACGCGAGAGGCAGCUCGAGAAGCGCAGGGAAGCGGCUGCUGCCAACAAGGCAUUUGCCGAGGCUCGUGGUGGAUCACCCGAAGGUGCGCGGGACGAAGAGCUCAUGGGCGCGGGGGACAAUGAUCUGGCUUCGUUGAGAAAAGAGAAAGAGAACGAGAAGCGGAAGAAGAAUGAGCGCGAGAUCCGGCGAGAGGAAAUACUUCGAGCCCGCGCGGCAGAGCGAGAUGAGCGUGUACAGAAGUAUCGCGAGAAGGAACAGGAGACUAUGGGCUGGCUUCAGGCGUUGGCGAAGCAGCGGUUUGGUUGA